AGCUGGAGGUAGCAUUUCCAUUGCGGUGAUGUCAGAGUAGCUGACUCCACAGCUUGCAGUGUAAUUAGCGAACAGAACACCAGUUUACUCACUCUCCCUAGCUUUUUUCUUAACCUUGCCCGAUGGGCGAGUGCUGAUAUCCACAAGACUGAGUUUUUGACCGUCUAUGUUUGCGUGCUUGGUAAAUUAACGGUUCCUCAUGAUUGUUCAGUAAACACGAACAGCCGAAUAGAGAUAGUUUUUGUCAGUGUGGAAGCGUGUGUGCGACUGUGCCCCGUCCGUCCUUUCCGCAUUUUCAUGGGAAGCGCAAAAACGAAUGAUCAACUAAUCGGACUGCUGUUGGUCACUGGAGACAAAGGUUAUGAAGGAAGAAUGGAGUUCCCAGACCAUAGCCGUCAGUUGCUGCAGUGCCUGAGUCAGCAGCGUCACCAAGGUUUCCUCUGUGACUGCACUGUUCUCGUCGGGGAGGCGCGAUUCAAAGCACACAGAGCCGUGCUGGCCUCAUGCAGCAUGUACUUCCAUCUCUUCUACAGGGACCAGCCAGACAAAAGGGACGUUGUGCAUCUGAACAGUGACAUUGUGACAGCCCCGGCUUUCAGUCUGCUCCUUGAAUUUAUGUAUGAGGGGAAGCUGGAAUUCAACACCCUGCCAGUGGAGGAUGUCCUGGCUGCGGCCAGUUACCUUCACAUGUAUGAUAUAGUGAAAGUGUGCAAAAGCAAGCUGAAAGAUAAGGAACUGUGUUCCCCGGAUGAGAAGGUUAGCGAGGGGAUAGCACUGGAGAACUCCUCAGACAGUGAGCUGCACAGCAAGCAGCCAGGGCCAGGCCGGCGACAGACACGGACACAGCAGCCGCCCCAGAGAGCCCCCCCGGGAGAGGAGUUUGACAUGGACAACAGCAAAGUCAGGCUGGCUGUCACAGAUUGUGAUAGGUCUGCACAGAGCAGGCAGAAGGCAAAUGGUCACGCUGGCAGGGCCCCGGACCUUGUAGGUGUCAAUUAUGUGUCAGCAGAGGCUGAGCCCUGCGUCCAAACAGCUGGAAAAACAAAUGCUGAUGUCAGUAGUUCCACAGUAUCGUUGUCCCAGAGGUCCCGGGCUUCAGAUGACACGGACUGCGCUCUGGAUUUGUCUUUCAAGCCACUGUCUAGCAGAGAUCCCUUACACCCCUCCUAUGUCUCAGGACAGCUGGCCCUCGACAGCCAGCAGCAGGGCACUGAGCCACUUGUUAAAGACGAACACGACUUGCUGUCAGAGCAGGAGGACAGUGUGCCGAUGAGCCCGGAGAGCCAGCGCUUUGGGAAUAGCGCCAGGAGCUCAGUGGUGACAGGGUUCACUGCCCUCUUCCCAGGCAACAAGGGCUCCACGGCAGCCCUGCUCUCCCAGGAGGAAGACCUGAUGGAGGAGGGGGAGAGCUGUGGGGGGAGGGAGGCCACAAGAGUCGGAGAGGGCGAGGAGAAGAGGGGGAGGUUGCUUGCGGACAGUGAGGAGGAGGAUGACCUGGCCUCCUCGGACAUCUCCACCUCCAGUGGGGUGCUCCUACCCCCGGGGCAACAGGUGUGUGUGUGCCCACUCUGCAGCAAAGUGUUCCCCAGUCCCCAUGUGCUCCAACUGCACCUCAGCUCGCACUUCCGUGAGAAGGAUGGGGCGCGCUCCAAGCUCUCCCCCGAAGGCUCUGUUCCCACCUGCUCACAGUGUGGCAAGACCUUCUCCUGCAUGUACACCCUGAAGCGGCAUGAGCGCACACACUCUGGCGAGAAGCCAUACACCUGUGGCCAGUGCGGCAAGAGCUUCCAGUACUCUCAUAACUUGAGCCGGCAUGCCGUGGUUCACACACGUGAGAAGCCUCACGCCUGCAAGUGGUGUGAGCGGCGCUUCACCCAGUCUGGGGAUCUGUACCGCCACAUCCGGAAGUUCCACUGUGGCCUUGUCAAGACCCUUGCCAUUGGAUAAACCCCUAUCACCAGUGCCAUGAAAUAAGACAGAGUAACGUCUUAUCACUCCCUGAGUACUACUGCAUAUACUUUUCUAGUACAGUACUAGUUAUACAUAUUCACAAAUUAAUAAUGACAUAUCCUUUUGGAAUUCUACUCUGUGGCAUUUCUUAAGUGAAAUUGUAGCAACUUUAGAAUGCACAAAACUGGAUUUCACUGGAAAGAUGUUGGGCUUUGUCAUUGGCCUAUAUGAUUUAGUUGCACAAGACUAAAAUGCUUUUCCACUCAAGCUGGAUAUACUGUAUGUUAAAGGUGGACAAAUCAGUUGCACUUGUCUAUUUCUGUCUUGGUACUGCGAAACUGCUGAGCUGGAUGAAGAGAGUAUUCUGCUAAAAGAAACAUAUAUCUAUAGCACAAUAUCCUGAAUGGAUGAACAACAUUUGAUUAGUGCACAUGGGGAAGGGGAAACAAAAAACGUCCAAGAGUAGCAAUAUAUUUUCUUUUUUAAAUCCAACCUUAUUUAUUAGUCUACCUGCUUAACAGGAAAAAAUAUCACAAGGCACUGAAAAAAUAUUUUGGGGGGUAGCUAGUAUUUUAAUUGUCUUUAUGGUAGGAAUGAAGCAGACCACAUAAAUAAUGUUACCUAGAAUAGAGGACUAAAAGAAAGAAGAUGAGUGGCAAGGGUUUUUAAUAUCAUAGUAAAAUGGAGCUUGUCCUGAAGGAAUUACUUUUUUGCUGCACUGGCCUUUUAAUGUUCAUCACAGCUUGCUUAGAAUCAGGCUGCUGUAUGAACAUUAGAAGUGAAUUGUAUUAUUACCUUUACACUCUAGCAUGAUGCAUACAGUUUGGGUGGAAAUUACUAUGAAGUGAAAGAAUGCAGCUAAUGCCUGUAACACUGGUGCCUACUGAAAUUCUUGACACUCCUGUUGUUAUCAGGCAAGCAUAGGACCUUGUGCCAUCAAUACAACUAAUCUGUGGGCCUUCAGAAACGUGGUUAGCACUUUCCGUUUACAGUGCAUUAAUACCAGGAAAUAACUUGGUCACUCUGUGAUAGCCCUUGGCACUUGUAUGCCAGUUGAUUAAUCAGUGUACUUACAAAAAUGUAAUAAAUGUGGUGUAAAUCAAGCUCUUUAUUGAUUAACAAUUGUUGACUUCUAUUUAGUAAGUUCAAUUUCUGGGUUAAUUUUCUGUAUUUCGGCACUGUAAAAGAAAGGGUAACCACGUGCAUAUUCCAUUGCUGUCCUUGUAAUAAUGCUGGAUACAUGCCCCGAUACACAGGGCAGAGCGUGGGUGAGAUGGUAGAUUUAUACUCUGUGUGCCUCAGUGCUUCUUUGAGGAGAUGGUGUACUGUGGAUGUCUUGUUGCCACACUAUUCGUUCAUCAGAACUCGUAGCCCAAAAUCCUGAAUCUGAGAGUUUAUUUCGCCCCUUGCAUUUACUCUUAUACUGUAUCCUAUCUAUUUUUCUGUUAAUGUUGAAGUACUACUGAUAAUGUUUGAGUGAAAUCUUUGGUGAAACUUCGCUUGACGGAGUCCUUGGACAGAAUGUUGACUUCAUGGGCCUGUUAUGUGUUGGAAGGAUUUAAUUGUAGUUGGGUUCAUUUUGAUGCUAUACAAAUGGAUUCAUACAAGGUGAGUAGCAGUACAAGUCCAAGAAAUGUGUUUAAUCUGUCCUGAGAAGACUUGAUUAUAAUUAUUUAUUAGUUUAACUUGGUUCAGGGUUUACUUUAGGUGUGAUCUGUAAAGAUGAGCUAAUUUCUCGAAACUUGUCUUGCCUUGCUAUCUUGGUACUAUUUCAUUGGUAUUGGGGCCGUUUUAUUACUUUCUGCAAAUCCUAUUACUGUAAUGAAUUGGUCUGUUAAUGUAUCUUACACAGAAAUCUUAAAUUAAGGAUUCAAGAUUUGUCUCACCGAACAUAGCGAAGCACUUGUUUUGAGCAUGCAUAUAGUUUCAACACUGAUAUUGUCUAGGCUGCUAUUUCUUACUAUUUGUAUAUUUAAUGUAAAUAUAUAUUAUAUUUAUCAAUGUUGUUUCUCUUUAUUACAAGAACACAUGUCUUCCCUCCCCCUUGAUUUGGGCUUCCUUUUCCUGUCUCACUCCAGUGAAUUUGGUUUUCUUUUCAUAUUUAAGGUCUCAUAGGCCAUGUCUUCACUACAUAUCAGAACAGGGAAUAAUACUGCUGACUGCUGUUCCACUAGAGGAAGCAGUUGUUCACAAGCCCAAACACACCGAUUAUGAUAUAGAAUAUCUAUAGAAAUCCUACAAUACGACCAUUGUUCUCCUGUCCCAGGUAGUUCUCAAGGGAUCAUUUUGCAUCUCUGCUUUCACUGUGGGGAAAAAGGCAGCAUGAGUCUCUCUUUGCACUUUUCGUAUUGUAUGGAGCCAUUGGAAUGCGAGAAAUGCAUUUAGCAACGGGAGACCCGGGAGACAGUAAACAGGUGCAUUGUCUGGAGGCAUCAAAGAACAGCCCUCAAUUCCCAGCAUGCAUUAGAUAAGUGCUUCAUUGUUAUUUUAUGUGGAGAGGAUACCACAGCGACUCCAUAGCAUCUUUAUCAACACAAUCUCUCUUUAAUUGUAAGAGGGUUUCUCUUCAAGUGUUGGUGUUGCCUGAUUUCAAGAACCUGUUUGAGAUGAGGUAUUGCAACACUAAUUAAUCUGAACUUUAUAAUAGGAAAGGUAGUAUGUAGGUAGUAUUUAUUAACAUCCAGUUAUACACAUUUCAUCAUCCUCCCCCUGGAAUGAGUUUCCCAAUAUUUCAUGAAGCUGUGUGUUUUCAGAUAAAUGUCAUGUAGUGUUAACAAUGUGUGGUAUUUCAAUCAAAACACACAGGAAUGUAGAUUAGCGUAUUUUUUCCUCACUCUUUUGAAAGGAACAUUUCUUACGUGAUGCAGUUGAAACAUUGAUUUGUUUUUCUCUCCUGUACACAUGCAGUUGUACAGGGUUAGAAAACGAUGUAAAAUCUUCUCUGUUGCUGGUUUUUCUCAGUCAUUAUUUAUAUCUCCAGGAUCAUCACAGAAUGUGCCUUGCAGACACAGACAAGUGUUGCACAUGGAGUUGCCCUUUUUGUACACUGUAAAUUUGCCACAGGCUGCUGUGAUGACCAUACAAACUUCUGUUCAGUUUUUUUUCAUGGUAUCAAAAUGUAAACUAAGCUCAUUUGUUUCUGCUGCUUUUAGAGAUUGUUGAAGUUUGCUACUGUUAAAUAAUAAUGAAUUGAAAUCUUUGUAAAGGUUUUUAAUCUGGAAUUCAAUGUAAUGUUAAAACUGAAUGCAGUUAUUUUUGUUUGGCUCUAAGCCAAGUCCAUGUUUAGGAAUUAACCUAAUUGUGUUCCAUAUGAUGUCAUGUUUAAUGUGAAACACUGAGAUAUAGAUUUAAUUUAUGACGUUUGAAAACUCAUGCCGGUGCUACUGAUCGUUGGGUUACGUUUUCCUAAUUCAUGCUGUAGGAUUUUAGUCUAAAACUGAGUAUUAGGUUACAUUUAAUACUGGAAUUUUGUCUUUGGCAGGUUAAGACUGUGAAAUUGUGUAUAAACAUGAGAAAUACUUAUUGAAUUGUUUCUUGUGCAACAUUUGACUCAAUUUUGAUUUGUAAAAUGAAAGACGCUACUAGAUGUCAAUGGAAAUCUUUUUAAUAGAAUUUUUAGAAGUGCCAUUAGAAUGUAAUAUAAUUUUUUAAUAAGAAAGGUAUAUUUUAUAGUAAUCAAUUGCUUCUGUGUUAGUGGUUUAUAGAUUAGGGGACAACCUAAUGCAGAAUUGACAUUGUGUAGAACUUGAGGCAAUUUAUUUGUAUCUGUAAUUGUAUGUUUUUUUGUGUUUUGUUUGCGUUUUCAGUGUGUGCGUGCUGUGGAGAUGUGACAAUCUUGAGUUAGGUCUUUAUUAAGAUUAUGCAUAGAUUAAACAGAACACUUUUCUGUGA